CUGAACGAGAAGUGCUGCAUCUUGGUCAGCAGGUGCCAAAUUAGCAGUUCCCAAAUUAGGUGCUGGAAGGAUGUCUGUCACGUGUUGCCAUGUGUAUGUGUGCUUUCUGUGUUUGCCUGUAGAUCUGCUGCUGAUCUCUGCUGAAGGUGGGCUGUAAGGCAGAGGCAGGCACUGGGAACUGAGGCAUUUCUCUGCUUGUGUUGCACUGAUUCUCAGUUUUAGAGCCAUUGUUCCACUUCUCCCACAAGCCUGGACAGCUGAGUCACCAGCAGUGCCAUCAUCUCAGUUCUUUGUUCUUCCUCUUGUAGGAAUUGUUCUAACCAGAGCUGGCUAUUACACCAUCCCAUCUAUGGAGGAGCUGGCCAAGUUCACCAAUGACAAAAAUGAAUGUAUUGUGACUGACUUCACCAUAGGCCGUAAAGGUUAUGGAUCGAUUUUCUUUGAAGGAGAAGUGAAUCUGACCAACCUGAAUCUGGAUGACAUUGUGCAUAUCCGUAGGAAAGAGGUUAUUGUCUACCCAGAUGAUGAAAGAAAGCCACCUAUUGGUGAAGGCCUCAACAGACGAGCUGAAGUUACACUGGAUGGAGUCUGGCCUACAGAUAAAACUUCUCGUGGCUUGAUAAAAAGCCCAGAACGGCUGGCAGAGAUGAAUUAUGAGGGCAGGCUGGAGUCUGUGUCUCGGAAGCAGGGCGCUCGCUUCAAGGAGUACCGCCCUGAGACUGGAUCCUGGGUGUUCAAGGUAAUGGUCCUGUCCUCCUGUGGGCUGCAUGGAGUAGCAGCAGUAGUCUGAGAAGUAGUUCUGAAU